AUGUUUCCUUCUGCGUUGUAUGCUGUAAUUUUACCAACGAUAUGGAGGUAUCUUCAAAUCCUUGGAGCUCCACCGUAUUUCCUGGGACUGAGCCUGUCUGCGUUCAGUUUGAGUGGGCUGCUUGCGGGCCCUUUCUUUGGCCAGUGGUCAGACAGGACUCGCACUACCAAAAACAUCAUUCUGUUUGCAAAUCUCUUCGAGGUUGUGGGUAACUUUAUGUAUUUCAUGAAUUUCGAUAAGUGGCUCCUGCUGUCCAGUCGACUCGUAGCAGGUAUCGGGACUGGAGCUGGGGCCUCCAUUUUUGGAUACCUGACACGUAGUACGGCGCCUGAGGAUCGCAGCACAGUCUUUGCAGCUGUCAUGGCCUGCCGGCAAGCUGGCCUGCUUAUUGGCCCGGCUUGCAACAUAUUUUUGAGGUUGUGUAACUUCCAGCUUGGACCCUUUGUUGUAAAUAAGUUCACUGCACCAGGGCUCUUCAUGUGUCUGCUGUGGAUCCUUCUUCAGCUGGCAGUGCUGUUAAUGUACUGGGACCUGCCACCUGAGGAUUCUGCAUCCUGUAUCAUCAGGGAUGUGGUGGAUGUGGAAGAGGAGAGUGAAAAGGAGCCCCUGGUGGGUGCUGAAGAGCCAUCUGGGUCUUAUGGCACUGUUUGCCCGAGCCCAUCAGAACCUCUUCCCAAUGGUACUCUUCCUCAUAGUUCCCCAGCCUCUUCACAUUCGGAGUUGCCUGGUCAGUCUAACCCCUUCAGGAACUUCAAUGCCAGCAGAGGUGGGUUCCAGUGGCAGCUGACAGAGUUCAUAAUCGGAGUCUUCCUGCAGGUUCUGGGCUUACCUUUUGUUGCGGUUGCACAGGUGUCUCUCUUCUCAAAGGUGACUGCAGAGAAGACGCAAGGUGAGCAGCAGUGGCCCAUAAUGCUUAUGUAGGAAUGUUCUAA